AUGGCCACUAGUUUCCCAGUCCUUUGUCUCCCCAACAAGAAUAUUCGAGACGUUCUUCAAAAUAUGUCAACGUGCAAUUUAAUAGCAUUCUCAUUAUGCUCGAAAGCAACAAAGUCUCAUGUAAUGCACCUGAAGAAUGAUAUUCAACAAAUUAGUAUCAAAGCAUUUUUAUCAAUUGAUAUUAAUAUUUUGUCACACAAUCAAGAAGUAACUUCGUUGGUUUUCUUCAAGAAAGACUAUGGUCGAUGGAAUUUUGAGAGUUGCGAAUCAGUAACCGCCACAGAAACUUUGACACCGUUGGAGCCCGAGUCUGACAGAGUAUGGGUGAAAAGAGGAUUCAAACUUCGGGAUUGGAUCGAUCAUGUUAUGGAAAUAUUCAAUUGCUCGAGGAUUCACGAAAUUUACAUUUCCAGAAUAGGUCAUGAAGAGCACUAUAUAAGUUUGAGCAAUGCAGUGAAGGAACUAAAAACUGAGACAAUUUUUUUUAGUUUUUGCUCGGAUACUGUUGUCCAGAGUGUAGUCGCCAAUGUCCAAAGCAAUGAUAUAUCCUUUAAUUUAUCAUUCAACAUUGAACCGUCCAUGCAAAAGCAUAAAGUACUUACUCGACACUUCGAACGUGUUUCAUUUUCCAAAGAUGAUACUAGAGAAGCUCUCACGUUAAAUGAUUUAUUGAUCACCAACGUCUCCCAACUAAAUAUUUCCGCUCAUCAUCUGUCUUUCGAAGAGUUGAACAUUUUCAUCAGGCACUUGAUUAGUGGAUCGAAUCGGAGGCUCAAAAUUGUCGGCAUUGUUUGUGCUGAAGCGACCAGGAACAUGCAAAUUUUGUUGAAAGGAAUUUCUCACUCGGUGUACUCGGCGGAGCUAAAAAUUGUGGCUCGAAACGAAAACGACUACCAACUUGGUGAUACUAUCUAUGUAUACCAAAAUUGUGGAAGAAGGUUGGCGAUGCAGACGUACUUAUUUGAAGGAGUUGAGAAAAUUGUAAUGCGAGUUUAUUGACUUUAUUGUAUAACUGUGUUGGUCUGUGUAAUACCUUUUUAUUUUCUACAAUUUUCUACAACUCUCCAACCCUGCAAAACUUUUUUGCCACUUCUUUUGUUCGGGCUAUUAUUCAUGAUUUUUUGUUUCCUCAUUUUUUUUGUUUUUUUUUUCUAACUUCUAAAUUUUAUGUAACUUUUUCCUCUCUUUUUCCCCCUAAGCCUAAGCCUAAGCCUAGGCCUAGGCCUAAGCCCAAGCUUUUCUACUUGCAUCGAAUACACUAAUAAAUGUUAAAACUAUUGAAAA